GGAAGGGGGAGGCAGAGGCGUUUUGGUGGCUCUACCUGGAUACAUUGUUGCUCACAUUGCAAGAGAAUAUUCAGCUUCUCCCACCAAGAUGCCAAGGAGUAUGGCAGAGUCUUGUUCCAGUUACUACACAGCCAACAACACCUUUGUGGAUACUUUUGGUUGUCCCAGGAAAGAAGAUGGUUCAGACUUGAUCUACUGCUGUGGUUUUGUUGACUUGAAAUAUUGCUGCAAUGAGCCAGGGAACUACUUUCCAUACAAGCAUGGCUACAUGUGGUCCUUAAGUGUAGGAGCCCUGAUUGGCCUGGGAAUCGCGGCCCUAGUCCUGCUCGCCUUUAUCGUCAGCGUGUGUGUGCUCUGCUAUUUAUUUCUAUACACAAAGCCACAGAGAAUAGAUUCCGGUUUGAAACUGCAGCGUGUAGGAUCUGCAGCUUCACAUGGAGAAAAAGUAAAAAAAAAGGCCAAACCCGUCGGUGCCGAUAAACGUGCGAGCGAAACCUUUCCUGAGCCCGACAGGAACGUGCAAGAGAAGCUCAUGGAGAUUACACAAAUGAACACCACCAAACUGUAACGCGCCAGAAAUGUUUGUCUUUUUCUACUUUUCUUUUUGAAGUGCCUGCACAAUGUUAAUUAUUAAAUAAAUGUAUAAUGAAAGAUU